UCAUAUUACGAUCGUUCGAUAAAUAUCCUCUAGGGUAUUAACGGUCGUAGUCCCUUGUUCACAUUAGAGGGAAAUCAUUCUGAAGUUCACACUAUUAUUUGUGCAAGUUCGUUCGUAAAGAAGAAUAACUUUGGAUGCCGCGAAUCGUUUGACAGUAAUUUUUCCAAUAAUUAUCGAAUUGAAACAACCAACAUCGAUAGAAAUGCAAAUACAGUUGUUUUUGUAGACCCAUGCGCGACAGAUUCAAAUCGCUGUAACGGUUACAUUUCUGGAAGCUGAAACUGUCCAAAACGUACCGAAAAUGGGUCGAAGAAAGAGCAAACGACAGGCCCCGCAAAAAAGAAAAGCUAUCGAGCCAAUGGAUAUACAAUUUACGUGUCCAUUUUGUAACCACGAGAAGUCCUGUGAUGUGAAAAUGGACAAGUGUCGAAAUACAGCAAGAAUAUCGUGUCGAGUUUGCUUAGAAGAUUAUCAAACUACCGUUAAUGUGUUAUCGGAACCGAUUGAUGUAUACAACGAUUGGAUCGAUGCGUGUGAUGCUAUCAAUUAAUCAUUAUUAUCACAGUUCCAUGCGACGAAACUUAAUGUGCCUUUUUAUGUUAUUGACUCGGUAUAAGAUUUUUAAUUACUGCUAAGAAUUAAUCACAUUACACGAAUUAUUUUAACCAUGCAGUACCAUUA